AUGGAUCAAGAACUAGUCUAUCGUUUGGCUAUUCAAUCAGACGCUGAGAAUAUUUGUCAAUUUUUAUUCAAAUAUUUUUAUUUUGAGGAGCCAUGCACACAGGUUUGUUUUUUUAUAAUAUAUGUCAAUCAAAAUAGUAAAAGCUGCAAAUAUUGAUAAGAAUUAUUAUAGGCCUUGAAAAUUUCGCUGGAGCAAGUAGAUCAACUAUAUCGAGAAAUUGUAAAUCGAUGCUUGAAAUUCCCAUUUUCCACGUUGGUCACUAAAAAAGAUGGUGAAAUUGUUGGAGUUCUUCUGGUAUCAGUUUGGAAUCGCAACGAUAGCGAAGAAGAUAAUGAUUAUGAAGGUUCAACUGCAAGUGAAGAAAUAAGAGCGUUUAGUGAGUUAUUUUAACGUUUUUUCUCCGGUUUAUCAUAAAUUUUCAGUCAAGCUUCUGAACGACAUUCAUUCUGAUGUCUGGUCUCUUGCUCCAUCAAACAUUGAUGCAGUUUUACAUCGAGAAGUUUCUAGCGUAGCUACACAUUUUCAACGAAAGGGAAUUGCAACCAGAAUGUUGAAUGAGAACUUGAAUAUUUCAAAGCUGGAGAGUUUCAACAUAGGCGGUGUCAUUUCGGAAACUUGUUCCUAUUGCAAUCAAGUUUUGCUGGCCAAACAUGGAUUCAAACCGUUGAAAGAGAUCAAAUAUUCAACUGUUGAAGACUCAAAAGGCAAUAAAAUUCUGAAAACAACUGAUGGAUCAGAGGGAAUUAUUCUGAAUUACAAAAGUAUUGAAGAUUUUAAUUUGAAUUGA